UGACUGUUUUACCGACGCGGAAUUCGAAGUUCGGCCUCGACGCUCGUCUAACCUAACCUUAUAAACUGAACGCAUCACAAAAAAAAUACCAUACUGAAAACACAUUUUUAAUAUUUUAAUUCAAAAAGUGAGGAAUGAAGACACAAAAGUGGAAUGAACUCGAGGUGCCCUUGAGUGGCCCUGUAUUAAAAACUAUUGAAGAAUUAAAGUUUUCUCAUAUGACACCUGUACAGGCAGCUUCUAUACCAUUAUUAUUAAAAGGAAAAGAUGUUGCAGCAGAAGCAGUAACAGGCAGUGGAAAAACAAUUGCUUUCUUAAUUCCUUUAUUAGAAAUAUUACAGAAAAGGAAAGAAAAAUGGAAGCCUACAGAAAUUGGUGCAGUAAUAAUUAGUCCUACAAGAGAGCUAGCAGUCCAAAUAAAUGAAGUUUUACAGAAGUUUUUAAACAAUAUCCCACAUUUGAAACAAGUGUUGCUUGUUGGUGGUGCAACAGUGGCAGAAGACAUAGACAAACUUAAAGCAGGGGCAAAUAUUAUUGUAGCAACACCUGGUAGAUUAGAAGAUAUAUUGUCUAAUUGUAAAAGUAUAAACUUAGGAGUAUAUGUAAAAUCUCUGGAAAUACUGAUAUUGGACGAAGCAGAUAGAUUACUAGAUCUAGGUUUUUCUGCUACAAUAGAUACAAUAUUAAGUUACUUACCACGUCUCAGAAGAACAGGUUUAUUUUCUGCAACUCAAACCAAAGAACUGCAACAACUAAUAAGAGCAGGAUUGAGAAACCCAGCUUUAAUAACUGUUAAAGAAAAAGCAAAUAUUUCUACACCAUCAAACUUAACAAACAGUUAUACCAUUGUAGAUGCACAAUAUAAACUAUCUAUAAUGAUAGACUUUAUUCAGAAUAAGGGAACUAAUUUAAAAUAUAUGAUCUUUCUAUCUACCUGUGCAUGUGUUGAUUAUUUCAAUCAUGUUAUACAAACAUUGUUACCAUCAGUUCAAGUAUUUGCAAUACAUGGUAAAAUGAAAAAUAAACGAUAUAAAGUAUUUAACGAAUUUCGACGUAUUGAAAAUGGAAUUUUAAUUUGCACAGAUGUAAUGGCUCGUGGUAUUGAUAUUUCAGAAGUAGAUUGGGUAUUACAAUAUGAUCCACCAUGUUCAGCUAGUAGUUUCGUUCAUAGAUGCGGUAGAACUGCUAGAAUUGGAAAUGAAGGAAACGCCUUGCUAUUUCUCUUAGAAACAGAGGAUGCAUAUGUACAUUUUAUCAAAAGAAACCAAAAAGUAGAUUUACAAAGAAUAGACUUAGAACCAUCUUUGACCUCGUACCAAAAAUGUUUAAAGUGUAUGAGAGACUUACAAAAACAUGAUCGGCUUCUUUUUGAUAAAGCUAACAGAGCAUUUGUAUCGUAUGCGCAAGCUUAUAACAAACAUGAAUGCAAUUUAAUUCUAAGACUAAAGGAUAUCGACUUAGGAAAACUUGCAAUGGGUUUUGGCUUACUGCGAAUGCCUCGAAUGCCGGAGCUUAAAGGAAAAACUACAACGUCUUUCAAAGAAGACGAAAUCGAUAUUAAUUCAAUUGUUUAUUCAGAUAAGCAAAAAGAAAAAAGUCGUUUAGAGAAAUUAAAAGUUUUUCAAGAAAGCGGAAUUUGGCCUACAACGUAUAAACGUAAACGCAAACAAACUGAAUCGUGGUCUGAAGUUAAAAAGAAAAAGUUGGAGAAGCUAGAAAAUCGUAAAAAACGGAAAGAAAAAAAGAUGAAACAAACAAUCACAACGGAUGAAAAAAAAAGGCAGAAAAGAAAGUUUGAUGAACAAGAUAUCGAAGAAUUAGCGAAAGACAUAGCAUUGAUUAAAAAGUUGAAAAAGAAAAAGAUUUCCCAAGAAGAAUUCGAUACAGCGUUUGGAAUUGACUGAAGAUAACAAAUAUUGUUAUCUAAUAUGUACAAAACGCUAUCCAUCUGAUAAAUAAAAGGUAAACAAUGUAUAUAAAAAUAUUAUAAAGUCUGUUGCUUUAUUUUACAUAAAUUAUCAUUUAUGUAGAUAAACAAAUAUGAAAAGAUAUCUUUAUUGUAUUUAAAUAAUUUUGAUACAUUAAUAAAAUAUGUUAAGAUUUCUUUUAUAAUUAGACAU